GAAGAGUGGAGCUAGUGUCGUACAGUUCACAACUAUGUUGGCGAGCAACACGAGAGGGGAAGGUUUUUAGCGCGCCAUGCGAUUAACAAACGUUGCAGCAUUUUUACAUCCGAAGAAAACGAGAAGAGCUCGACGAGGAUGAAGUUUAAUUCAACUUCUCGUUAUCCGAUUCGGUAGCUAUGAAAUCUCAUCGAUACGCUUUGUGUUAUACUACCGUUUCUCCCUUCUACUUGUUCCGCGUUAUCGAUUGUUACGAACGCGCCGACUGAUAAUGCGUUAAAUGUGUGCACUUCCUUUAAAACGAAAUCACAUAUCCUCGCAUCUAUUUACCGGAAAGAAUCGAAUAUCACGAUAGAAUUAUGGAUACCGUAUAAAAUUAACGUGCGCUUGGACACUCUGCGGCAUGGAGGUAUGAUAGACAGAAAAAUAUCUAUCCUAACAUAUCAGCAUGGAGGUAGAAGACUGAAAGCUUGAUAAUAGAAUGGAAUCCAGGAUGCCAGUGAAAUACGACGAUUCUUAAGUUCAGGAUGGAACUUAGAAAAGGGCCUUGGUCGAAAAAAAUCCUGGUUCCAGCUUGUUUUCUGGUAAUUCUCAUCUGGAUCUUUUUAAUCGACAAUUCCUUACUACUCGACAACCUGCCUGGUAAAGCAACCUUCCAAAAACCGAGAAAUUUCGUUCCACUCGCACACGACCCGAAUCUGGAUCGUCUAACGAUCAAGAAAUCCUCUCUGAUAAGCGAUGUCGAAUUGAAACACACGAAAGUAUCGAAGCUUCAAAUGGUGUCGCUUUGGACAGGCAACAACAGCGUUAAAGGGAACACAGGAUCCUUGCGAAAGUAUCAGAUCUUGAGACAGCAAGGUUUAAUGCCGAGUAAACAAUUACCCACAGCUUUGAUAAUUGGAGUUAAAAAAGGCGGGACUAGAGCUCUGUUAGAAUUUUUGAGAUUGCAUCCUGCUAUUCGCGCAGCUGGAUCCGAAGUUCACUUUUUUGAUCAUCAUUACAUCAAGGGGUUUCAUUGGUAUAGGCAUAGGAUGCCUCCGACAUUGUCCACUCAAAUCACGAUGGAGAAAACCCCGUCGUAUUUCGUGACGAGCGAAGUACCGAGAAGAGUUCAACGAAUGAAUCUUGCGAUGAAAUUGAUUCUCGUAGUAAGGGAUCCAGUUACUCGAGCGAUAUCCGAUUAUACCCAAGUGAAGAGUAAACGAGCCAACAUGCCAAAAUUCGAGGAUCUAGCGUUUCUUAAUGGGUCGAAAAUCGUGGACACAACGUGGGUCCCAUUGAAGAUCGGAGUGUACGCGCGACACUUAGAGAGAUGGCUUCAGUACUUUCCAUUGUCACAAUUUUUAUUCGUCUCUGGAGAAAGAUUGAUCGUGGAUCCAGUCGCUGAGAUUACCAGGGUUCAGGACUUUUUAGGCCUAAAAAGAGUUAUCUGCGAGAAACAUUUUUAUUUCAAUGCCACGAAGGGGUUCCCCUGUCUGCUCAAAUCUGAGGAACGUCCUACACCCCAUUGCCUUGGUAAGAACAAGGGUCGUAGUCAUCCUUACAUAGAUCCUGUAGCCAUACAACGAUUGAGAGAUUUUUAUCGUCCAUUCAAUCAACGUUUCUACCAAUUGACCGGAAUGGAUUUCGGCUGGUUGUGAGAAUAAAUGCGAUAAGCGAAUACAUAUCGAAGCUAGUCAAGUAAAAGAACAUAGUCAAUUUUUACUGAGAUACGACACGCGCGCAUGCGGACACCAUUAGUUUGCACUAGUUAGUAAAUAAUUAGUAAAAGAACCAGAUAAUACUCUUCGGUUAGUUUAUAUUCGUUUUUACUCUAAACCAGAAUAUUUUUUUAUGUACUGCAUAAACGUGGAAAAAGAAGAAAGGCAUAUCCAUCGUUUCAAUGUGUUGACAAUACACAGAAAGAGAAUUCCUGUUCUUGUUCGUGAUAUUAACUUUUAGACACGCGUAUAGAUUUAUAGUGGCAGCAGAAUGUUAUCAAUCGUAUGUAUCAUUUUUCGCAUACAUAUAUUCCACUAUAUUUUUUACAGGACAUUACAAAAGAAAAAAAAAGAAUAGUAUAUCCGAAUUUUAAACGAUAAAUGGCCAUACGCGUUAUUCUUUUGUUCAUAUUUUAUUCGUUCGUUAUUAUCAAAUCUAUUAUUUAUUACAAUAGAAUCUUUAAAAAUGUUUAUUACAUAUUAAAAUGUUGAUUCGUUAAUUCCAUCUUCCAUUGAAGUAGUUGUGCAGAAUAGAAAAUGUUCGAAUCUGUAUUAAAAUACGUAGUUACUGUUAUUGAUUGUAUAGAGUUCUGUUUAGAAUUAAGAAUUGUUUGCACAUUUUGUUGAAUUUUUGAUCUUCCAAUGUAUCAAGCACAGAAUCUACGUAAUCUACGUAAUUCUAAUGAUAUUUACCUAGUAUAUGUAUCAUUAUGUUUAAGCAAGAAAGCGAUGAAUAUUUUCUGAAUAAUUUAGUUGAACUGCGUCAAAAUGUCAUUAAAUUAUAAGAAACGCUAUAACAGUGUAGAAGUUCUCGUAGAUGCGGAAACGGAAACUGAGUACAAUUUAAAGUAAUAAAAAAUUACGUCUCGCGUUUAAUAUACGAGUACAGUUUUAACGAACGUAUUUCGGUUAGAGGAAAAAGAAGCAUAGAAAUAUUAAUAACGUCAAUUAGACAUUUGUAAUGACGAGGG